AUGGCAAAGAAGCGAAAAAGGGUGCCUCCGGCACGGGAAGCUGCGCUAGCCUUUUGGGCGUGUGUGCUGCACCGCCUAGAUGAUGCAGGAGCUGACCCUGGGUGUGCCCCCUUGCCAGCGCGGUUUUCGAGUGCGGCAGCUUACUAUUCCAGCCUUGCCACCCUCGUCCUGGCAGAAUCACGAGCCCUCGCUCGGGCAGCGCGGCGUGUGCGGAACAAGCCUUCUGAGGCGACGUUGACGUCGCUGACGCAGAUUUCACCUGGAAAGGCAGCGAAACAGCGCGGAGUUUCUGAGCCUCUUCUGUGCUUCAAGGCUCACGUUCUGCCGGGUCCUGGCUGGCCCACUUUGCGCACUGCUUGGGCUGUGGAGCUUCGGCCACCAAAAGAGAAGAAGGGGGCGCUGUUCUUUGUGGAGCGUGCCUCAACCUUCAGUGGCCACGGGCAGGAGAUAUCCGUUCAUUUGUGCGGCUACGCAUCACCCAGUUGGCAUUGGUUCCAACAGAGCUCAGACCCGAUUCCUGCACUGCUACGUCCGUUGGAGGACCUUGUUCCCUCGCUCCGGAUGUGGACGGCUUGCAUCUUGGCGCCCAAGCCACCCUUCCUGCAACAGCUGGUGGGUGCGCGCGGGGCCAUACAUCAGAUAUUCUCCGACUCAGACUCAGAGGCAGAGGCCACAGACCCCGAGGGCGGCAUGCAGCAGGCCAAGCAGAUGCACUCAUCGGACACAGAGGUCUCCGACUCGCACGUUCCACCCAACAGCCGCCAAGCCGGGCAUCGAGAGCAUCGAGAGAUGAAGGCCUUCGGGCAGGGUCUCAACGUGCUGCAGAAGGAGGCUAUAUCCAAGAUUCUGUCCUCUGAUGGUCUGCAGCGGCGCUGUCAUUUGCUGCAAGGUCCGCCAGGGACGGGGAAGACACGUGCCGUGGUCGCGCUGCUCCAGCAGCUGGCGCAGAGGCACACCUUAGGGGCGGAAAGCGGCCGCAUCCUUGUGAGUGCUCCCAGCAAUGGUGCCGUGCAGGUUGCCUUGGAGAGCUUCAGCAAAACACAGGAGGGCAAGCGAUGCCCACUUUGCCUUGUCGGCGUGGAUGACCGUGUGCCACCAGCCGGGCCACUGCGAGCAGCCUUUAUCCAUACUAGAGUGCAGCAUGCCAACACGCUGGUGAAGAAGAGCGCGGUAGAUGCGUCAGCGCUGCCAGAAGCUGCAGAGGCACUGCGGACUCUCGAGCGCAGCGUGCCCACCGCCUUUCUGAGGCUGAAGCUGCCACGCAAUGUGUCGACCAAUUUCCUGCAAAAAUGCUUGGAUGAGAGUGGAAAGGAUGUUGAUGGCAACGAAGACAACGAAGUUGACGCCAGUGAAACUGAGACCUCCUCAGAUGCCGAGUCGGACUCAUCCACGGAGCAACAGCACAACUCGGCAAGGCGCCCUCUAUGUGGUGGUCCUGUGCAGCGCCUGGCCGAGCUGGCACGGCGCGAGCGCUUCGGGGAGGCUCCCGAAUUCGAGACGCAACAGCUCAAAGCUGCUGCAGCCGUAUUCUGCACCUUAAGCUGUGCGGGCAGGCCUGGCUUGCAGAUGUAUUUGCGUGACGGCAUUGAAACGGUCUUGGUCGACGAGGCGGCGCAAGCGAUCGAAGCAGAGACUUUGGUUCCCCUUUGCUUGCAACCGAAGCAGCUGGUUCUGGUCGGAGAUCCCAUGCAGUUGAGCGCAACUGUCUGCCACUCCGAGCUAGCAAGGAGCGCACAUUUCUGCCGAUCGAUGAUGGAGCGGCUGAUGGGUCUUGGACAGGAGUACAUUAUGCUCCAGGAGCAGUACCGAAUGCAUCCUGAGAUCAGCCGGUUUCCAUCUGCUCGUUUCUAUGGUGGCCGGCUGGUCGACGUGCUUGCUGGCGUCUCUUGCCAGAGCCAUGAUCUUCCACCCUAUGCAGUGGUGGAUAUCGCUUCAGGAGCAGAGGAGAUUCGCAGAGAGAGUCACAUCAUCAAUGCGCGGGAAGCAGAGGCUCUGGCUGGCUUUGCCAAGCAACUGGCCUACAUGCACAAAAGAAACAGGCCUGCGGGCAGUCGUUGUCCGGCUUUGGUGGUCAUAACCUUCUACAAUGGCCAGGCCACACUGAUCCGGCAGUUGCUUGGAGCAGAGGUUGGCGUUGAGGUGCACACAGUUGACAGUUUCCAGGGCUCUGAGGCUGAGGUGGUGCUGCUCUCUUUCGUUCGGGCGAACCCACAACGGCGCCUGGGUUUCCUCUCAGAGUUCAGGAGGCUCAAUGUGGCCCUCACCCGGGCCAAGCGUUCGCUUGUCGUCUUCGCCAAUGCAUCGUUGCUGGCAGGGCAGUCCUCAGAUGAUGUUUCAGCGCUCUUUGAGGAUGCUGGCCGCCGCAAACUGAUCUGGAGGGAAGAGCAGUUGGACCAGUUGCUCUCCCUCGCUCGACUCGCAUCCCGCGCUGGCCAGGCUGCCCACCCUCGAGAGGCGGCACAACUCAGACGGGGCAGAGCCAAGAGAAGUGCCGCCAGAUGCGAGACCCCGAAGAGGGGACGCCUGAAAAGGCGGAGAACAGUCCAGGCACCAGCAGACUCUCCGAAGGAAACGCUGCUGAGGCCAGGCACCAACUCUUUGGGUCCUCCAAACUUCUCUAGAUUCUAG